AUGGACAACACAGUCGAAUCCGACAGCACCUCCGAAAUCGACGACCAGACCAAGGCCUGGGAAUCCGAUCCUCGUCUCGUGACUCAGCGCGUCCACGAUGCUGACAACGAGCUGAAUCCGCUUGAAUGUGGCAUUGGUCAUCGUGUUCAGGCCAGUCGCUCCGUGUUGGCAUUGGUUCUGGAUGAGGAGUGUGUGUUCGCUGGGCUGCAGGGUGGUGACAUUGUGGCGUGGUCGCUUGAGACCUACGAUCUCGUACUUUCGGUCCAUGCGCACAAAGAAAGCGUAUUAGGGCUGUAUCUCUCGGAAGAUGGCGAUCUGCUAUUUUCCAGUGGUGGCGAUUCCGUCGUCAAUGUCUGGUCAACAAGGACAUUCGAUCGUCUCUACUCCAUCUACUCCCACCAUGAUGUAGGCGAUAUCUUUGCCGUCGCCUAUUCAUCCACCCUCAAGACCAUUUACUGUGGUGGUCAAAACACCAGCAUUCAGUGGUGCGACCUCUCCAAAACAGACGCUGCUGCAACUCAAACAUCAGCGGCUCAUCUAUCCCGCCGGACCCAUCGCUUCUUUGACUCACGUGGUCCAGAUGGCACCCGUGCUCCACGCCCUGACUCCAGUUCAGAUGGCAGCGCGCAGGGUGGGCAAGUUCUGACGUUUAAACGGGACCACCACCGCCUGUUUUCGCACCAUGGCUACGUGAACGCAGUGCUUUUGGUACGGGGCUUGAUUGAAUCUGCGCCGACGGAAGAGGUGCUGCUUUCUGGUGCUGGCGACGGCGUCGUCAAGUUGUGGCGUCUAGGUGACGAUGGUAAUGCUGCGCCAACGCAAAUGGCUAAGCUACAGAAUGGGGAUCCUGUCCUGUCUAUCGCCGUCGAUGGCUCGUUCUUGUACUGUGGGUUGGCUGGGGGCGCGCUCAAUAUCUGGAACCUGGACUCGCAUCAGUUGGUGAAACGUAUUACCAGACAUACUGGUGAUCUAUGGGCUGUAGAUAUCAUUCGUGGAAUUGCCGUUUGUGGUGAUUCCAAUGGUAUUGUCAAGAAAUUCAAUUCUCGAUUCGAAGAAGUCGGCAGCUGGGUCGCCCACGAGGGAACCAUGCUCGCCUCAGCAGCUGGCCGCUUCAAAGACCGGCGAAUCUAUGCUACCGGAGGCAACGACAACACAGUCGGGAUCUGGGACUUAACAGAAUUCUCCAUGAACCAGGAUGAAAUGCCCCCAAUCAGCAAUGACGAACUGGUAAACGCACUGGCCAAAUUCGUCGCCUUCAAAACUAUCUCCGCCAGCCCCAAAUUCAACGGCGAAUGCAACCAAGGCGCAGCCUUCCUCCGCCGCCACUGCAACUACCUCGGCGCCAAAACGAAACUCUUAACCACAGGCGACAACACCAACCCCAUCGUCCACGCGCGCUUCAACGCCACAUCCCCAGACAAAACCAACAAAACUGUUCUUUUCUACGGCCACUACGAUGUCGUCGGCGCAGACACCAACCGCCCGAAAUGGAAAACAGACCCCUACCAACUAACCUCCAUAAACGGCUUCCUCUACGGCCGCGGCGUCUCAGAUAACAAAGGACCAAUCCUAGCAGCCCUCUACGCAGCCGCAGAUCUGGCACGUACAAAAGACCUCUGCUGCAACGUCGUCUUCCUCAUCGAGGGCGAGGAAGAGUCCGGCUCUCAGAACUUCCACGACACAGUCCGCCAGCACAAAGACCAAAUCGGUCCCGUAAACUGGAUCCUACUCGCAAACAGCUACUGGCUCGACGACUCAAACCCAUGCCUUACAUACGGCCAGCGCGGUGUCGUCCACGCAAACUUAAUCGUCACGUCCGACCACCCAGACCUCCACAGCGGAAUCGACGGCAGCGCCCUCCUGGACGAACCUCUAAAAGACCUCUCGAUGCUAGUUAACACCCUCAUCGCCCCGAAAGGCCGCAUCAACCUACCAAACUUUUACGACCCCGUCCUCCCGCCCACCCCAGCCGAGAAGGACCGCUACGCAGCCAUCGCGGACGUGCUCCUCCCGCGACACCCAGAGAUCCCAGACUCGGAAGCACUAAUCAACUCGCUCAUGCACCGCUGGCGCGAACCAUCCCUAACAAUCCACUCCAUCGAAGUCCCCGGGUCCAGCAAAUCGGCUACAACGACUAUCUCCCGCAAAGCGAAAGCCUCUCUGUCCAUCCGUAUCGUGCCAAACCAGGACGCGGACGAAGUCGCCGCGAACCUCACGGCCUUCGCACAGGAACAGUUCGAUAAUCUGGAGAGCGGGAAUGACCUUACUGUCGAAAUCACCGGGAAAUCCGAUGCCUGGCUUGGAGACCCUGAUAACGAGAUCUUUGAAACGCUCGCAGAUGCGAUUACGACUGCAUGGACACCGGACUCGCAUGCUACCAAGCACCAUUACCCGCCCAUCGCGUCUUCUUCGUCAUUGUCACCUGAGCCAGCAGCACCUACCACAGCUCCGGCAGGAACAGGUGAUAAUGCGGCAGCCGCAUCGAGACCCGAACUCCUCCGCAAGGACUCAUCGGAUAGCUUAGCCUCGCACAUCGACCGCAUCAUCAUGUCAACGACGACCUCGUCAGCCAGGAAAAACGCAACCCGGAAGCGCUCAGCAGUGGGCACCACAGUCCCGACAUCCUCGACGUUGACCAGCAAGUCAACCACCGGAACGGGAACGGGGACGGGAACGGGAACUGGUAACGUUACUUCCUCAUCCUCCUCAGGCACGGACACGCCAGACCCCGACUCCGCAUCGAAAACACUCGAUGAAGGAUCUACCCAUCUUUCCCCGCAACCGCCCACCGAACCGCGUCCGUCGCACCAGCAGACCGGUGAAAAAGUAGCCUCGCCAUCGCGAACUGGCGUUCGACCGAUAUACAUCCGUGAAGGAGGGUCUAUUCCUACGAUUCGGUUCUUGGAGAAAGAGUUUUCUGCGCCGGCGGCGAAUUUGCCGUGUGGGCAAGCUAGUGAUAAUGCACAUUUGGAUAAUGAGCGGUUGAGGGUGGAGAAUUUGUAUAAGAGCCGGGAGAUUUUGAGAUAUGUGUUUGGGAGGUUGCCGGAGAAGGCGAGGGAGUAG